GGUACACUGUUGAACUAUUAAAAACUAUUUAUUAACUUGUGGCCUUCAAUUAACUUGUGGCAUCAUAUUUUGUUUUUGUUUCGUUUUGUUUAUAUUGUUUCUUGUUUGCUCUAACAUCAUUCCGAGCGCAAAAAUAGACACUGCGAUAUUCGCUCAAACAUUGUUCAUCCACUGUUUUGUUAAGCAGUUGAGACUUUGUUUAUAAUAAUUAUUAAUUUUUAUACAAUUGCGGAAAAGUCUAAAAGGUUAUAGAUUCCAUAAUUUUAUAUAAUUGAUGUUAUAAGAUUUAGUGCAAAUUUUUAAUAAAAGUUCAUAAACUGGAAAAAAUUGCACAAAAGUUGGCAUUUGUCAUCUAUCUGAAACCAACAAAAUCCAAACUGGAAUGAAGUACAAAAGUUGAAAGUAAAUAAUUUGUCUCUAAAUACAAACUGAAACUGCACUGAAGUCGCACUGAAAAGCUGUGCUUAAAAAUAUGUCUUCCAAUGGAGAUGAUGAACACAGCAAUAACUAUACGCUAAUAUAUGAACUAAUAGAUAAGUUGGCAUUAAGCAUGAGUGGUGGUAAUAAGAUAAAACCUGGGAGAGAAAUUGUGAAGAAUAUGUCGAAUUACAUAUCUAAUUCACCAAUAACGUUUAACAAAUUAUUGCCAUAUGAUUCCAUUGCACUUGAAGCAAAAGUACGUCAGCACAUAUGCAAGGUGUCUAGCUUAGAUUCUGUGAUGCCGCAUGGUCUUACAACUUCAUUUAUUACUAAUAAUUUAGAUAUUAAACUGUCAUCAAUCAAUCAUGGUGGAAUCGGCUUUGUAAGCAAUGUUAGCCUGUUUCAAAAAAUUAACGAAAAAUUAAAAAACAGUCGAAUAGAUCCAUAUCAUCACCGAGCAUUGUUAACAUUUUUAUUGUUCAUGGCUGAUACAAACAUAAAAAAUGAUCAUGAUAAAAAUAAGAAGAUUAAUGGAAGCAGUAACAUAAAUCCUGUUUACCCACAUAGGCAAUUCAGCGACAAUUCGACAAGUAAGAAACUCGAUACGAGGCUCCUUGAAGCACUUUCGGCUCGCAGCAGCUCAUCAGAUUCUAGUAAUAAAUUAAAUACCGUACGCGCUAGUCAUGGUUUUUCCAGCUCUGAUUCUGUGAGUACUACCGCGUCCAACACUUGUUCCUCUAACAAUCAAGUAGUCCUACCAAGUGCAUUAGCUGUUUCCACAAAGGAAGAAAAAAAUAAUGAAAAUGAUGACAUAAUACAGAAUUUAAUAUAUGCUUUUACUGGCAUUGAUGGAAAAUAUUUGCAGAAAGAUAUUGAAUUGGAACGAUUUAAGUUACGCACAAAUUGCAGCGCUAUUAGUAGAGAACAAGCACACAUUCUGCUAUAUUUAUCUCAUCUUGGUUAUUAUCACAAUUUGCUGCAAAAUUUCUCGAAUCCUAGUACUGGAAAAACAGCUUUAGGGUAUAUGGGUCAAGGUUUUAUAUCCGCAUUAAAAAAUGAAUUAACAAAAUAUUAUGGAAUGAUUGCAAUGCUGCAGGAACAGCUUAAUCAACAACGAACUUCGUACCAAAAAAAUUGCUAUGAAAAUGUUAAUGAAAGUCUUACUCUAACUAAAUUGAUGGUCUGGGCUGCUGAACCAUUGCAUCGAUUAAAGUGUUUAACUAUAAUAGCAGAGAAAUGUAAGGUACAAAAAGGUGGUGAACUUGCUUCAACAAUUUAUAGCUUUCUGGGUCAUGGUAAUCCAACAGUUAAAGCAUUAGCAAAGGAUCUUUUACUAGCAGUAUGUCAUCCAUUAUAUCAAAUGCUCUCUCAUUGGAUGUUAGAAGGCGUGAUUUCAGAUCCACAUAACGAAUUUUUUAUUAAAUGCAUAAACGAUGUUGGACCUGAGCGUUUAUGGAAAGAUAAAUAUAGCGUUUGUACUGAUAUGCUACCUACUUUUAUAUCCAUGGAUUUGGCUAAUAAAAUACUUAUUACUGGCAAAAGUAUUAAUUUUUUAAGAGAAGUUUGUGAAGAUAAGCGAUUGAUGGAAGGCCGCGAUGAAUUACUCCAAUGCAUAAAAAAAGAUGGAGAGCAAAUUUUUUCACAAGUGCCUGACACCAAAUUACAUGGCAUAAUUGAAUCGAUUUUUGAAAAAACUUCCAAAAGUGUUUUAGACAAAGUAAAAGGGGAAUAUAAACUCGAAUUUCAUUUACAAGCGCACAGACGUUACUUGCUUUUAGGUCAAGGAGAUUUUAUAUGUGUCUUAAUUGAGCUUCUUAAAACUGAAUUGUAUAAACCUGCCAAAGAUCUGCGAGCUAGUGAUCUUACUUCUAUAAUGGAUUCUGCCAUACGAUCAACAAAUGCACAGUUUGAUGGUGCAGAUGUUUACAAUAAUCUACAUAUCUGCUGUAAUAAUCCGUGUAAUGGAGAAAUUGGUUGGGAUAUAGUGUCAAUUAUUUAUAAAAUAGAUGGACCAUUGGCAAUAUUGUUUGAGGAUACUAAUCAAAUUUAUCAAGUUUUAUUUAGACCUCUUUGGCGUAUGAAGCACAUGGAACAUAUGCUUUCUACUAAAAUUUGGAAAGAUCAAAAAUGCAAUGAUAAGAUUAUAAGACCGAUUGCUAAAGAAAUUUCCAAGGUACUAUAUGGAUUACAUAUGCUUACCUCUGAAAUUAUGCAUUUCAUACAUCAAAUGGAAUAUUAUAUAUUAUUCGAAGUGAUUGAAUGUUCUUGGUCAAUGCUAACAGAUGAUAUUAAAAAGGCCCGGACCCUGGAUGAUGUCCUACAGGCACAUAUGUUUUUUCUAAAAUCCGUUAGAAAAGGCACAUUUCAGGAAACUGAAGAUAAAAAUUCACGAGAACUCUGCCAACACAUGGAGACGGUUUAUGACUGCAUACAACGUUUAAAUGUGUGGCAAAAAAAGUUUUACGAUAUAGUUCUCAAAGAAUUAAAAGCGCGUAACAGGUAUACAAAGGAGGCUCUCAUCUCAGAAGGGAAAGGAAAAUUUGGCACAACUACUGAAAAAAUGUUGGAACGUGAUCAGGACCGCAAAAUCUUUGAACAAAACACCAGCAGUUAUUAUAAGUCUCUAGGAAAUAUAAAAGCUGACUAUGAAGAAGCCGUUCAUUGCUUCUUACUUCUACUCCAUUCGAAUAAUGAUCACAACUUACAAUUGUUUGGCAUUCGUCUGGACUUCAAUGAGUAUUACAAGAAACGGGAUCAACGAAUUGCCAUACCGCUCACAUUUGAACAUAUGCGUAUGAGCGGUGUUGUUAUCAACAAUUCCAAUAAAUUGUCAAUGGGAAAUCGUAGCUUGCACUUAAAUUGACAUUUACCACAUAUGGAAACUAAGCGAAACAUAAUCGAAUUA